UAUUUUUACACAAAAUGGCGUCCCACGCAAGGCAAGCCGGCUGGCCCGUAAACCGCAAGCAUUCUUCUGAUUCGUUCUCUUCAGAGCAAAAGACAAUUGACGAUAAGAUAAAUUUGUAUCCUCUGACGAACUACACAUUUGGAACCAAGGAUCCUCUGUAUGAAAAAGAUGCAUCAGUUCCUGCACGCUUCCAGAGAAUGCGGGAUGAGUUUGACAAAUACGGGAUGCGCCGGUCGGUGGAGGGGGUUCUAAUCGUCCAUGAACACAAUCUUCCCCAUGUUUUACUACUUCAGCUGGGCACAACCUUCUUCAAAUUGCCAGGGGGUGAGCUGAGACAGAAUGAGGACCAUAAGGAAGGGUUGAAACGACUGCUGACAGAGACGCUUGGCCGGCAGGACGGAGCUCCAAUGGAGUGGACGGUGGAGGAAGUUAUCGGUAACUGGUGGAGACCAAACUUUGACCCACCACAGUAUCCCUACGUACCAGCACACAUCACCAGACCAAAGGAACACAAAAAGUUGUACCUUACACAAUUACCAGAGAAGGCCCUGUUUGCAGUGCCGAGAAACUACAAGCUGGUGGCUGCCCCCCUGUUUGAGCUCUACGACAAUUCCACAGGCUAUGGACCAAUCAUUUCAACACUCCCUCAGACCCUCAGCAGAUUUCACUUCCGUUACAACUAAUAACAGAAUGUUAGAGACAGAAACAUGAGCGGUAGGCUGUGCAGCUAAAAACGAUAUUGUGAAGACAUGUGGUGAAUAAAAUCAGCAUCGCAAAAGUUUAAAUGACUUUCUCUCUGCGAGGCAGCAGUUGUACAUAAAACCAUCGCCAUUUUCAUCGUAGUAAUUGUCGUCAUUAUCAUUUUCAUUAUCAUCGAUUUUAGUAAAUGUGUUAGUUUUAUGUAUGUCGAUUUCUAUCAUUAAAGAUGUUAUAAAUGUGUAA